CGCCGCUGGAGAAAGAUGGCAAGGUCUCUCAUCCAAGCGUGCCGCAGUCUGGCUCUCUCAACAUGGCUGCUUUCCUUUUGUUUCGUACAUCUGCUCUGCCUGGACUUCACUGUGGCCGAGAAGGAGGAAUGGUACACCGCCUUCGUGAACAUCACCUACGCCGAGCCGGUACCGGACUCUGGGGCCGGGGCGGUAGGCAGUGGUGGCGGUGGUGGCGGCGGCAGCGGAGCCGGAGCCGAGCUGCACACGGAGAAGACCGAGUGCGGGCGCUACGGGGAGCACUCGCCCAAGCAGGACGCCCGUGGGGAGGUGGUCAUGGCCAGCUCGGCCCACGACCGCCUGGCGUGCGACCCCAACACCAAGUUCGCGGCGCCAACGCACGGCAAGAACUGGAUAGCCCUCAUCCCCAAGGGCAACUGCACCUACAGAGAUAAGAUCCGGAACGCGUUCCUGCAGAACGCCUCCGCCGUGGUCAUCUUCAACGUGGGCUCCAACACCAACGAGACCAUCACCAUGCCCCACGCAGGUGUAGAAGACAUAGUGGCCAUAAUGAUUCCUGAACCAAAAGGGAAGGAGAUUGUCAGCCUGCUGGAGAGGAACAUCACUGUGACCAUGUCCAUCACCAUUGGGACCCGGAACCUGCAGAAAUACGUGAGCCGCACCUCCGUUGUGUUCGUCUCCAUCUCCUUCAUUGUCCUGAUGAUCAUCUCCCUCGCAUGGCUGGUCUUUUAUUAUAUCCAGAGGUUUCGAUAUGCAAAUGCCAGGGACAGGAACCAGCGUCGACUGGGAGAUGCAGCCAAGAAAGCCAUCAGCAAGCUCCAGAUCAGGACCAUCAAGAAGGGUGACAAGGAAACAGAGCCCGAUUUUGACAACUGUGCAGUUUGUAUUGAAGGUUACAAGCCCAAUGACGUGGUCAGGAUCCUGCCCUGCCGGCAUCUUUUCCACAAGUCCUGUGUUGAUCCCUGGCUUCUAGACCAUCGCACCUGUCCCAUGUGCAAGAUGAACAUUCUUAAAGCCCUAGGGAUCCCGCCCAAUGCCGACUGCAUGGAUGACUUGCCCACAGACUUCGACGGCUCUUUGGGAGGUCCACCAACCAAUCAGAUCACAGGAGCAAGCGACACGACAGUGAAUGAAAGUUCAGUCACUUUAGAUCCUGCUGUCCGGACUGUGGGUGCGCUGCAGGUGGUUCAGGAUGCAGACCCCACCACCCAGGAUGGAGACAUCAUCUUUACCACCAACAGUGAGCAGGAGCCGGCUGUCAGCAGUGACUCUGACAUCUCUUUGAUUAUGGCAAUGGAAGUUGGACUGUCUGAUGUAGAACUUUCCACUGACCAAGACUGCGAAGAGGUGAAAUCCUGAAAUGGCAAAUAUGGAAGACAGAGAUCAAGGGGCCCAUGGGGAGGGCAUGGAGGAGUGCGCCAAGACUUGAAUAGGCUCACAUGCCUCCAGAACACCUGGCCAACUCCAGGACACUUCCUGCAAGAAUGGAAAUGAAAAGCAAUAUCCAAAGUCACAUAAACCAAGAUGCAUGUGUGCAUCUCUUCGACAGCCCUUGGCCUUGACAGGUUGGAAUCUGGAAGGAUCCCCCUCAUUUCCUUGUAGACAUAUACUUCUGAAGCUCCUAAAACAGAGGCUUGAAAGGACACCGUAAGAGUUUCUUAGCUUCUUUGUAACUUCUUCCAGAUUGAUGUUAUCAUCCUUGUUUUAGGAAUAUAUGUGUUGUUUAGUUUCUUUGGCAAUUUCUUUGUAAAGACAACCUGCAGUUGAUGUCUGCUCCUGCGUUUUUCCUUUGAUUUACUCUGGCUUUUGUGUGGAGUUGGUUGAGAGGCAGCGGUUCCUGCUAGGAUCUGUUGCUGCUCCCUCUUGAGAUUCAUGGUCUUGUCCUCUCGGCAUGAAGUAUGCAUGGCUUUGAGAAGUGCCUCAGCACCCCGACACAGCCCAAGGAUAGCUUUCCUUAACAAUCUGAGUCCUUUUAAGUGAGUCUCAAAGAUCCUAGCUACCAGAGACCCCAAUACUAAGCUCCAAAUCUGCUAAGACCACCCAUCCUGUCACGCCAGGCUCUGGGAACGGCCCGUGUGACAUGGGGAGGGAGCUGUGAAGGUGCUUCCAUCCUUGAGGUCAAAGCCGGAAGUGCCCUCCAGGAUCUGAGCAUCAGUCUUCCCAGGGUAGAGGGUGAAAGUCUCCCUUCCAAACCAGAAGUCAUGUGUUCCUUCCAGUGAAAUCAAAAUGUCUGUAGCCUUGCUCUCCCUGGGGCUCCUGGAGUUUUGAUUGCCUCUGAGGGUUGGCAGGGCAUGGAGAUGCUAAAAGAGGCAAUCCCAUUUGAGCCCACUGGCAAACAGAGUGACAGAUGCAGGAGCACCUGCGUUUUACCUUAAUCCCCACACACUUCUGUGAAACCUCAUUGGGCCGCACACGGAAGAAUGUAGGUCAGUCAGGAGAGGAUUGCCUCCCCCGGGUGCCCAACAUGGGGGCCAAUACCUUAAAGAGCCAUGGGGUGAGGACAUCAGUCCUUUAAUCCAAACAGGACAGCCUGGGAAUUUGCUAAACCAAUUUUACCCUGACUGAGAGAGAGAGAGAAAGGAAGGGAGGUGGGGAGGCAAAGAGGUUGGCCAAUGAAUCCCAGAACCCCCUGGUAUUUUUAAACCAUUUGUGUUUUGUAUUCAGUUUUUGUACUUAUGACAGAAAUGUGCUAUUUUUUUCAGUGGGUACUUUUGUAAUACAUUUAGACUCACCGCCGUGGGGGAUGGAAGGACUAGAUGCUCUGGACCAUGACAAUGGAUCGUGUUACCAUCUCUAGGCUGCUGGUAAAGGGCAAGCAGCUGCCCGCUCGCCACAGCAGAGAGCUUUUCUGAUCACGUUGUAUUUACAUAUUUGAUGAGGGCUUUUCCACCUCAUUACACUAAUACCUACUCACUGGCAGCACUCAGUGCUGCUAAAAACCCUGGCUGCCUGCUGAGCCCAGGACUGCCAGGGGAGGACUGGGGGCCCUUGGUUCACCCUCUUUGGUGAUUUCCUGGCGGGGGGGAGGGGGGCUUCUAAGUAGAUGGUGAGGCAAGAAACUCAGCCUCCUCUCUCUAGGAGUCCAACAUUGCCAUGUGCUGAAAGCCAGUCUCCAUAGUGUGACAAAGAAGGCAGCCGGUCUCGGAGGGUGCUCUGAAGCAGGAGGCAGAGGAGGCAGGAGUCCUAGAGGAGCCAGGCCCUCCCAUGUGAGACCUCCACCUCUCCAUGUGCAGAGUGAAUGGUUCCACAGCUUGCUUCCCAGAGGCUUCUCUGGGCUUUGGAAUCACUGAUGAACCCUCUGCCCAGCGGGGCCCUUUCCUUGCACAGUGAACAGGCUCUCUAACUUGGGGAGGUAGAGGGUUAUGACAUGGAACAGAGAAGAGCUGGCUCUGAUCUGGCCCUCAUGAGGUCUGAGAUGAAGAUCUAAAUGAUGGACAUUUUAGGCCCAAGGAGGAGUUGGUCUAUUGCCUUGUUUAACAGCUGCUUAGAGUCACAGCAUUUGAGACCAAUAGGUGUCUUCAAAUCCAAGCCCUUGGUGUGGAGUUGUUCCUCUCUAAGAGAGUUCCUGCUCUCAGCUGAGGCUCAUACCAGUGGCCUACUCUUCUCUGUGAUCUGACCUCCAGUCCAAAGGUAACAGUCCUUCAGCAAUUGAAUGUGAGCCCUUGCAGCCACAGACCAAAUGAGGCAGGGAUUGCUUGUCCAUGGAUGCUGUGGCCAUAGCCGUUUCUUUAGGAUGCUGUGCAGGUGACAAGGAGUUUUUAAGGGCCCACUCUGAUCCCAAGGAGUUCUAGCUACAAAGGCCUAAGCCUAGGAGACAAAUUCAUUGCAAUCUGUUUCUGGGGGUGGGUUUCCUGUAGCUUUGUAGUUAAAAUUUUUUUACAGAAGAAAGGAAAGUAGUCCUUUUCCACAGCCUUUCUCACCUCGCCCAAAGACAAGACCCUUACCUGGGGACCCAGCAGUUCACAGAGGAGUGUCGGAGGGUAUGUGAAUCCUCAGAAGUCAAUACAAGUUGGAUGUCUUUACAGAUGUGCCUAUUUUUCUGCAGCAAGUUCAGACCAUCACUGCCUACUCAAAAUAGGAUGCACAACACAUCCGUCAUUCUUAACUUUCUACUAACCACAUUGUAAAAAGUGAAGAGACAGGUGAAAGUGAUCCCACACUGCAUUUUAUUUAACUCUGAUUUUGUUUUUUUUUUAACGUAUAAUUUAACUGUUUUAUUAUUUCAACAUAUAAUUUGUGUUUAAAAGUAUUAAGGAAAUAUUUUCCAUUCCUUUUCUAAGCCUGUCAUGAUUUUUAGAUUCACAGCAGGUCUCAGUUUGAGCUGGCCACCUCUGAGGCACACAACAGCCAUGUGAAGCUUCCAGCUGGACAUUGCUGGAACAGAGCUCUUCCAGGGAAUGGCAGGACUCCCUACACCUUAUGAAAGACAAAGUUUGAAACUGCAGUUACCUCCAGAGAGACAUAGCUAUCGCCCAAGUCACCUGCUGAGUGACCUGGAGGUCAAUUUAUUUUGAAAUGUGUGCUGGAACUUUACCCCAGUGGUGUCCAUGGUCAUGUAAGGCUUUUCUCUGACCAGCUGUUUCUUAGAAAAUCAUGCCAACCCUGAUGAUUAGGUGCUGAAAAAAAAUACUAUACCCUCACAUCUCAUACCCCUUAGACUGAUACAUGGCACUUAGGAGCCAAAGACAAUGCCAGACUGAAGUCACCUAUUUUCACCCCAGCCCCUUUUACUCUCUACUGGGCAGAGGUCUGCCCCAAUCCCAGAGCCACUAGCCCCACAGGUAUGGUCAGAGCUUAUGGAUUUCAGAGAACAGUGACAAGUUGCAUAGUGACUCCAAAUUCAACACAUCAUGUGGCCUUAUUGAAAAAGAAUCCAUGAGGUUUUUUUGACCAUCCAACCUCUACUUGAAGUUAGGACCAGCCCAGCAGCCAGCUUUCUGCUUAAAGCCAGUACUGUCCGUGCCCUCUGACUCUAGAGAGCCAAGGAGCAGCUGCAUUGACUCCAAGUCAUGUAGAAUCAUCCCUAGGACUCACUGCCUGUGAUAUGACUCACCGCUUUGGAAAGGCUGAGCCCCGACGACGAAUACAGCUUCGGAAAUGUGAUGUAUCCCUGGGAUGCUCACGGUGCCCUCCACCCAGUAGAGAGGUAGAAUGUCAGAGGGACAAAGGUACCUGCCUUGACCAUACAUGGUAACACUCAUAGCGAGCAAAGCCAGUCUGUCCAAAGAGGUUUUGGACUAGUCUGCUUUGCAGGUUUUGUUUUGGUUUUCAGCAUUUCUCUCAUCCUGGUGUAACAUCCGGGACAUUUCACAGCUCUGGCUUUGGUUAUAUCAAAACUCACGGCACCUGAUGACCAUUCCUUCAGCGAAUGUCCUGUAGGUACUUUGCUUUCAGAAUCAAAAACAAAGGCACAUUGUCCGGCAUAUGUUUCUUCAUUAAUUAUGAGUAGUUUUUACAUGGGAAUCCAUUCACCUGAAAAUCCAGCAGCAUUCAGUUCUCCACUGAGUGGCUCACCUUGACUGAGAAG